AAACUGAAGAUAUGGUCAGUUGAAAUCAAACACCAGUGAGAGGAGAACUUAAAAUCUUUCAAAUAUUCAAAAUGGGAGGCAAAUCCAAAACCUUUAUUCAAGUUUUCAUACUUUGCACAACACUUUGCCAUUUUGCCUCCUCAACUCCUAUCACCAACGAGCAGCAACAAUUCGACAACGCAUUGGAUUAUUUUGGCAAAAAUAUUUUUAGUGAAAUUUCCAAAACUAAGAACAAUUCAAACAUCAUCGUUUCUCCUUUCUCGAUACAAACAUGUUUGGCUAUGACUCGCAUGGGAGCUGAUGGAGGUACUGCAGACGAAAUGGACAAAGUUUUAGGCUUCGAUAACCUCUCGCCAGAGAGUGUGGCACAAAAUUUCCACUCCAUCUUGGCCAAAUAUGAAAAGAGCGAUAUUUUAAAACUUGCCAACAAGGUAUAUGUGGCAAAGGGACUUGAGCUACUACAAGAAUACAAUCAGGUGUUAUCAGAGAAAUUUUUCUCCUCUGCCGACAGCUUGGACUUUGCGGACACCGAUAACUCUGUGAAGGUGGUUAACGAUUGGGUAGCGAAUAAAACCGAAAAUAUGAUUGUUGACUUUAUGCCGCCAAAAUCACUUUCGCCUGAUGCCGUUUUGGUCUUGCUAAGUGCCAUUUACUUUCAAGGUCAAUGGAAAAAACCUUUUAAUCCGGCACAUACCAAAGAAGCAGAAUUUUUCAUCGAUGACAAUCACAGUGUACAGUGGCCAAUGAUGCAAGGCUUUAAGAGAUCUGAAUAUGCUCGGUAUAAGGAUUUAGAAGCAUCAGCCUUGCGUUUGCCUUAUAAAGAUUCUGAUAUUUCAAUGAUGAUUAUUUUACCCAAUAGUCGCAAUGGACUAUCAGCAUUGAUGGAGAAACUCAAGAAUACGCAACUUAAGACAUUGACGCAGAGCUUAAGAUUUCAUGGAGCAAGUAUUGAUGUUUCACUGCCUAAAUUCAAAGCCGAAUUAAAAUUGGACCUGAAAGAAGUUCUUCAGAAGAUGAAUUUGAAUUCAAUUUUCUCACAUCCCAAUUUUAGCAAAAUGUUUUCAAAUCCUGGCGAUUUAAAAGUUGAAAAGGUAAUUCAUCAAGCUGUCAUAGAAGUAGAUGAAGUGGGAACUAAAGCAGCCGCAGUCACCCUUUUAGAAGCUGUGACGCUAUCUAUGCCCAUUGAAUUCAAAGCAAACCAUCCCUUUUACUAUGUCAUCAUGAAUAGCGAUGCUGUUCCACUGUUUGAAGGCACCUUUAUGGGAGUUUGAGAAGAAAUUAUUUUAUGAAAGCCAUGUUCCCUAUAUUCAAAACUGAAGAAAUUAUAAAGUAUGUGAUAGCAAGUCCUGCUAUUAAACUCAUCACCUUAGUAAGGAAAAACAUGAUGGUUUAUUUCUCGUUCAAUUUGUUGGACAAGCAAUUCGCACGAAAAUAUA